AUGGGUAUCAGCCAGAAGCCACUAACAACGCCAAAAGGUGAAAACCAUGGCAAGGACUCAUUCAAGGAGAAGGACUCGUCGUCUCAAAGCCUAGAUCAAGUCGGGUACCGCACCCAGUCAGACGAUACAGACAAUGACAGCAAACGUCCUUCUCGAGAUGUUGUAGUCAGCGUCGACGAGGCAGGUGAUCUCGAAACAGUCACCCGAGUUUCUAGUGGGCCCGCCUAUACCGUAUUCUCACGUCCUGUUGUACGAUGGAUCAUCGCCAUGAAUUGUGUAUCUGGGUUUAUCUCUCCCGUCACGGCCAACAUCUACUUUCCGUCGAUCCCAUCAUUGUCCGAAGACCUAGGUGUGACUAUUGGGCAGAUCAAUUUGACGAUUACCACCUUCAUGAUCCUCCAGGCCCUGGCCCCAACCUUUUUUGGUGAUUUUGCCGACGCAGCUGGAAGGCGGCCUGCCUUCAUUCUUGCCUUCCUCAUCUAUCUAGGUGCCAAUAUCGGUCUAGCUCUUCAAAGGGACUACGUUGCGCUGCUUAUUCUACGAAUGGUACAGAGCGCUGGGUGUAGUGGAACUCUUGCGCUUGCGUAUGCUACAGUAGCUGACGUUGCCCCAAGCUCUGAGCGCGGAAAGUACAUGGGAAUUGUCGGAGGCGGUCUCACAGUCGGUCCGGCAUUUGGGCCGGUCAUCGGCGGUGUGCUCUCGCAAUAUCUAGGAUGGCCUUCUAUAUUCUGGUUCUUGUGCAUUCUCACCGUUGUUUGGCUAGUCCCAUACGUGUUGACGGUUCCUGAGACAGGGAGGAAGGUGGUAGGGAAUGGGUCCAUCCCUCCUCAUGGUUGGAACAUGACCCUUCUUGACUAUAUCCGAUUCAAACGCCAGGGCAGAGUUGAAGCACCAUCAACUCACAUACGACAGAAGGUCCGGUUUCCUAAUCCGCUCAACACCCUCGCCGUUCUGCGCAACAAGGACAUGGCCGUCGUUUUGCUCUACAAUGCUGCUAUCUUCAUCGGUUUCAUAACCUUUACGGCCACCCUCUCCUCUCAGUUCUCCAAAAUCUACCAUUUCAACGACAUUCAGCUUGGCCUAUGUUAUCUACCGAUCGGAGGAGGAACUGCCGUCGCCUCGAUCGGCAAUGGAUACAUAGCAGACUGGAACUAUCGGCGCAUAGCUAAGAAAAUGGGAUUUAGCAUUGACCGGAAGCGUGGAGACAGUCUAAGGGGAUUCCCGAUCGAAAAAGUCCGCCUUCAGCUGAUUUACCCCCUUGUCGGUGUCGGGACUGCUGUAUACAUUGCAUACGGCUGGGCCAUACACUAUGAGGUUCACAUAGCUAUACCUCUAGUGUUGUCAUUCUUCGUUGGUGUAUGCGUCACUGGGCCCUUCCAGGUCAUGAACAUGUUGAUCGUCGAUCUAUACCCAGAGGCCCCAGCUACGGCAACAGCCGCGAACAACUUUUGUCGCUGCAUACUAGCCUCUAUUUCAACAGCUGUCAUAGAGAAUAUCAUCGACGCUAUAGGGCGGGGCUGGGCUUUCACGUUGAUUGCCCUUCUCUUCAGUGCCUCCUCUCCUGCUCUUUGGGUCAUUCACAAGUAUGGGCCUACGUGGAGAGAGGAGCGCGCAGAGCGAACAAUUAGAGCCGCGGAGAAGAAGGCGGAAGAAGCGAGAGCCAAGGAAGUCGCUCAAGUGCAGAAGUAA